UGCGUGCGCCGGUCCGCGAGGGGCGGGAGGAGGAAGCGGAAGUGCUGGCGCCCGGGGACAGACCACCUGAUCGGUUGGUGGUGUGAGCCCUAGCGGUUUGGUAUGGAGGACUGCGGCGAGCCGCAACUGGAUGCCAAGUCCAAGGUCACCAACCAGCUUGUAGAUUUUCAGUGGAAACUGGGGAUGGCAGUGAGCUCAGACAGUUGCAGAUCUCUCAAGUAUCCUUACGUUGCAGUGUUGCUGAAGGUGAUGGAUCAUUCAGGCCAAGUGAAGAACAAGUCCUUUGAAAUGACCAUUCCACAGUUUCAGAAUUUCUACAGACAGUUCAAGGAAAUUGCUGCAGUUAUUGAAACUGUGUGAAAACUGAUUACUUGGUUGAUAAGUUAUGGCCAUCAUUCUAAAAUCGUGGACUUCACUUUCUGUAACAAACUGUAUAUGGAUCCAAUGAUAUUUAUUGACUGAAAAUUGUACUUUUGUUUUUCUAUUUUUUAAUAAUAAAAAAUCACACAAACAGGAA